AUGCCAAACGACCACUUUUUUGUGACUCCUGUGGGAAAUAAAACACCUGAACACGUAAUACCUUUUAGUGAAAUAUCACCAGCUCCUGAAAAGAAACACAUUUCAAAAGGGAAAGGUAUAGGUAAACGGACCAAACAACAAUCAAAAUUACUUACUUCGACGCCUAUGAAAUCUGUUUUAGAAAAAAUUGAGGAAAAACGAGUCGCCAAAAAGAAGAAAACUAGAGGAACACUCUGA